AUGGUAGUGUGCUGUCACCUUCCACAAGGCACGCCGACUGGAACCGUGGUUCAUGUGACGUCCUGCUUCAAGAGCAGAUACCCUGGUCAGAUCCUGGGCUGGCCAGCAUCUCCCACCAUCAUUUUGUUUAAAUUUAAUGAAAUAAAAAUUCCUAAGACCCAUCUCCCAUUCUCCGCCAUGGUAAGGGCACGAGGCAUCUCGAUGUGCCCUGAGAAUGAGGGGUGGACCCAGCCUCUCCUCCUGCCUGCUGGUGGCGGUGGCAGGGAACCCACCGAGGGCGACUCCAGCCAGAGGCUCCCCGGCUCCUCCGAGCAGAGGAGGGAGCGAGGUGGGGACCACAGCAGCACACACACAGCAGGCAUGUGGGGACCACGGCAGCACACACACCAGCAGGCAUGUGGGGACCACGGCAGCACACACACAGCAGGCACGGGGAAGGGCAGCGACAGCCUGACAGUGGAGCAUGCGCUCUGCUACCUGAGCAAGACUUGCAGGACGAUGUCACCACCUGUUCAUGAAUAUUGGAAACCAAAGGUAUUUAAACGUCCUUAA